GAAUGGCCGCUUUGUUCCUACAGAAACCUGAUUUACUAUUACAACUUCAUACAACUGUUUACUUCCGGUUGUACAUAUUCGCUCACUCAUCGUACGCAGCCACCGCCGCGGGUGUUUGUGCGGCUCGCCGUGAAAUUCCUUGUGUUCGGAGUGCAGAUAUUUCGCCUUAGUGCCGCCGUUUAGGGAUACCUUUUCGUGCUUUUCUUUUCUCUCUUUCUUUCUCUCCGCUUGCCCUGACUCCAGCGAUUGGGAGCGGCUUGGUGUUCGUCGUAAUUCCGACGGUUAUCAACGAGCACUUCGUCCGCUAUAGGGGUCUGGCCAUGGGCAUCAACUUCGCUGGCUCCACCAUGGCGACGUUCGCAUUCCCCAAGAUGCUGGAGGUGCUCACGGACACGUACGGGUUCCGGGCGGCCAUGCUGCUGUUCGGUGCCAUCAGCCUCAACUCCGUCGCCUUCAGCCUCUUCCUGAGGCAGCCGGCUUGGUUAAAAAGGCGCCUGGAGGUUCAAGCGAAAGCAGCAGCCGCAGCAGCCCAGAUAGCCGUGGAUGCUCAAGCAAUGUGCGACGCUCCCAAAGACUCGUCGGGAGUUGUGAAUCGUGUCUCGUACGUAUUGGGUUCUUUCGUACCUCUCGCCAGUGUUUUGGUUGCGUACGUCCACGGUCAUCGAGUGUGAAGUAUUCGUGUUUGUGCGUGGGCGCUGACACCAUGCUUGUUAAUUUAUUUACUAACGAAUGUUUCUAUGUUUAUACGGCCGAUAAAACUACUAUCCUCAUUUCGUAUAACUGUCUACUAACUUGCGGUCUAAAUUUGUGCACCGUCUUUCGGGCAACACUGCGACUUUUUUUCUGUAGUGAACGCACCAGCAAAGUGGGUUCACUACAAAAAAAAAAAAAAAACUACUGUAGCUGAGGAUUGUGGAGCUAAGGAUGCUCUCGAUGUGAAGUGUAUUGACACAGACAGUGACUUACUUGCAGCAUAUGCACUAUAUUAUUUUAUUAGACACAAAAAAGGGAUCGCAAAGAGUCAGUGCUUUUCUCCAUGAGUAGGUGCUUCACUGUACCCUGCGUGACUCAUUUCUCGUACUGCGCGAUGGAACAGAAGCCUAGCUGCUGCUCUUUCUAAUGCUAUAGCAACUAUAUGGGCACUCCAGGCGCAUUUCUGCCGUCGUCGUCGCCGUGGUGCUUCGUGCACAAUCCAAG